CUUAACUUCCCUUCUCUCUCUCUCUCUCCAUAGCAGUCUCUUCAGAAAGAUCAACUGAACUUCGGGCCCUUGAGCUUUGCUGCUGCAAUGGAGGUGGUAUGAGGGGGAAGAUAAGCCGGAGACAGAGCCAGAGCCAGAGCCAGAGCCAGACAGACCCGUCAUGGGUAAUUGCGUCACUGUUCCCAGGAAUCAGAACCCCGCCGCCAUGAAGCUCGAUCUGUCCGUGGCCCCCAAGACCGACGGCGUCCCGGUUCAGGAAGCGGGUGCCGAAGCCCGGAAUUCGGUUGGCGAAGCCGGUCCGAAGCCGCAACCCACGCCUGUGCCGAGCUUCCGCGAGCUCGGUACCAAGGAGGAGAUGUUCUUUGAAUCUCAAGGCUGGUGGGAAUCUGACUGUGAAGAUUAUUUCAGCGUCUGCGAUGAUGGAACCCCGUCUCGUGGCAACACUCCGAUCCACCCCAGAAGCUCUUUUGGAAAUGUGCCGGUGAAUAAAUCUCUUCAGGCGGAUGGAGCGCUUAAUUCCGUGCCGCCCCCGCCGGCUGAACCCAAGAAGCUGCUCUUUGAGCUUUUCCAGGAAAGUUUUAAUGCGGAUGCUGUUCAUGAAGAUCAGAGUUUGCAGGUAAGGUUGAAUGCCAAGUCAAGUGAUACCACAUUCCCUACCGAGUCCCCAAUGAAAAGCCCAUUCAGUCUUGGGAGGAACUCUGCCUACAGCAGCGAGGCAACCCCGAACCGAUCUUCGAAAACAGCGAAGGUGAAAUCCGGACCAUCUUCCCAGUGCUGCCUACCGAAUUUGGUACGAAACCUGAGUUUUGGCGAGAGGAAGAAGAGGAUGAGCCCCAGCUAUGGAGGUGGAAGCACCCCGAAGCCUCAACAGGUCGAUAGUACACUUGCAUAGCAUUGCUAUGAUUGAGUUAACUGUAAAAAGCUUCCAAAUGUCUAGUCUUUUAGACUUUUAAGGCAUACUUCUAUAGGGAUACUCGGUGUGUAACUACUUGGCAAACUCCUGUGCAUUUUUUGAGUGAUGGCUCCUGGAAUUUCCCAUAGUAUCAUUUCUUAGAA